CGUGUCUGUGUCGCGGACGCGUCUCGACAGCCUGUUGAUCAUUAUCGGACGCCACGUUAAUUGGUCGAUGUACCACCACUAACACCUCCAUUUUGUCUAUAUGGUCGGAUUCAGACCAACUAACACGUCCUCGCCUGCGAAGCCCCUCACUGCAACCCAACGCCCGCUAGUCUCCUUCCAGGCAACAAUAUCUGAUGUCUCUCGCGUGUCGGCGGCCUCAAAAUCUGAAUUACAGAACCUGACGCCUGCGGAAGUCGAGUUUUUUGACGCAGUUGUCAAACGAAUACCCCCUAGCGCUACCUCUUUUCUCUCAGGACUAAAGGCUUACAACGAUGAACUACACGAUCGGGGUUGGGAUAGCCAGACGGAGACAGUGCAUUACGGGAGGCUGCUGGAGCUCUGCAAACUCCGGGGACCAAGUUGGAAUCACAAAUGGGAGGUGGUGAAAGAACAAUAUGGUUAUGGCGGCAUGCCCUCGACAAUUCCAGUCCCUACAAUGUCUGCCAGAGCACCCAUUCCGACGUCGAAGCCUGCGAGAUCAACUGCCCGUCUCGCAACUCCCGUUCGCGACGAGGAUGAUGAUGUAUUUACCCUUCACUCACAUCAAGACCAGGAGCAGGAUGGAACUACAACAGAAACGCCUUCUUCUGAUGCCGAAUCCGAACAGACCCCUCCUCGCCCCCUCAUGCGCCUGAACCAGGCCACGCGCCCCAACGCAUCAGCGCAAUUGACUCGGGUGACAAGAACGCCUACAAGUCGCCCUUCGAAUACCAUUCUUCCACCUGCUCUUACACGUGUAUCUACACCCCGUCCUCAAACAGAUGCUGCUCAUCACCAGCCAGCUGUAUGGGAAGGAACUUCAGACACCACCGACGAUGGCGAUUUACCAGGCUCUUUAUCAACUACUCCGCCAUCUUAUCGUGCUGCUGUCGCAACCCCCGUCCCUCUGAACGCACGGGGCCAGCCGAUGCUUCGCGCAUCAUCACCCAUUAAAUAUCCCGCAGCAGUAAAUGCGACCGAAUUUCCAAAGGGUCGCGAGCGCAAGGGAAGCGUGAUAAAUGAAGAUGAAGCAUGGAAGAAAAUCAAGAUGUCACGAGACGAAGAAGACGCGGAUAAGUUCCGUCAAGAUAAACUCCUCGAACGCUGUUGGGAGAUUUGGGUUCUCGGUUACCAGUGGCUAACGACAACGAAAGAACAAGUUGCUGAAGCUCGAGAUAAUGUAAUCCUAGGUUCUUCAUUACGCUCCUGGCGGAAUGCCACUGCCUCGCGCCUUGAAAUGCACGCUCGUGCUGCCUCCAUUGCCGACGCGCGCCGCCUUCGCUUUGCCCUUGAUGUUUGGGCGGCAAAACAUAAGCAGAAAAGGCAGCUACAGUGGCGUAGUGACAUGCGCGCCAAGAUGAAGACGGUUCGCGAAAGGCAUGAAACUCAACUCAUCAAAUAUGCAUGGGUGAAAUGGCAACAGUCCCACCGUUCUUUCCAAAAUGAGCUGCAGUACAAUGAACGCAUAGUUGCACGGUAUUUCAUGCGAUGGAAAAACUCUCUGUUGAAGCUGGAUCGCUUGGAUUCUGCUGCAGACGACUUUUCUCGGAAAAUCAAGGGGAGCGCUGCUCACAGGGCAUGGAAACACUGGCAAAAAUCUAUGGCUACCAGAGAUGCUGAGAAAACCGUUGCGCACAAGGUAGCACUGAGGACCAAAGGGAUGGUGGUAGACUUGUGGAAAAAGCAGACCCGUGAACGUCAGACGGCGGAUGCUUACCGCGAUGUUGCAAUGUUAAAGCGAGCGAUGCGGACAUGGCAAACUGCCAGAGAUCGUAUACGAGUCAAGGAAAAGCGCGCCGACAAAUAUCUCGCUCGUCAAGACGCUUUUUUGCUCCGAGCUGUCGCCAGGGUUUGGAAGGCUCGUGAACGUGGCAAAUUGCUCGAAAGGGUGAGAGACAUGCGUCUGGUGAAAAAUGCAAUAGCUGUUUGGAAAGAUCGCAUACGUUCUCGCAAACAUCUCGAAGAUUAUGCUCUUGCAUUUUCCAUGCGCUCCGACUCGUAUGGUGUCUCUUCAGCUAUGCGUACGUGGCAUCAGGUCUAUACAAUUUACCAAAAUCGUCGCGCCUGUGCUGUUCAACACCACCUUGCUCGUGUGCAGUAUGAUGCGCUACUCAAAUGGCGCAUCCAGCUGAGGGAGAAGAUGAAGCUGUUGAAACAAGCUCGAUUCGUGGAGAAGUUCAUUCUUCAGCGAAGAAUUUUGAAAGUCUGGAAGGCUAAGUUUGAGGAACGCCAAAGGCUGAAGAAACUCAAAGAGCUUGAGACCCGUCGACUUCGCGCUUUAAUGACAGCAUGGCACCACAAAUAUCAAAAAAAGAAAUUCCGUCGGUUGGCUGUGCAGCAAAUAGAUGAGCUCGUAUCUCUGCGAAUCAAACGGGAUGCUCUAAGACUCUGGACCAAUCGUGUCAUUGAAAUCAAGUUACGGGAACUGGAAGUCAGGCAGAAGAACGCCCACGCACUAACAGUCUUCGCCUUCAAGAAGUGGAAGAAUAUAUGUUUGCGCCACGUUGAAGACCUUAGCCUCAUGGAGAGUCAUCUUGAUAUCAAACGGGCCGAGAACGUUCGCCGGAUGUUCCAUCGCUGGCUUACAGCGGCCCGUGCUCGACGUCAUAAACGCAUUACUUUGCGUGAAAAGGAACUCGAAUUCGACCGGGCAAAUGUUCAGGUUGCUUGGAACAGAUGGAGAGAACGGUACAUGAAUGAGAAACUGCAACCUCUCCUACGCCAGAUGGCCAUUCAGAAUCAAAAGAAUUGCCUCUUCCGUACGUUUGGUAUUUGGCAUUCAAAGACCAGAUCUCUCCCAGCCAUCCGCUUCCAGGCCUCGCAAACCAAGAUGAGAUAUUGGGCUAUCUGGAGAGCUGCUAUGCCGCAGGCACUUCAGGCUAAGAGAGCCCGAGAGAUUCAUAAUCAUGCCGUCCUGAAUCGAGCAUUCGAAAAGUGGCACGAAGCCUACAAAACAAAGACGCACUUGAAGGAAAUAGCUCGCGCUCGGUAUCUUCGUUUGCCGUCCGUCAGUCCCGGGCGAAUCAAGCCAACGCUCAAGCCCCCAGUGCGCACCAGUCACAGCCCAUUUACUCGUCAAGUUACCUAUGUAGAUAGCGAAACAGAAGGCUCGGAUGCAGGACCAAGCCGUCCUGCCGCUACUCAGUCUUCCGUUUUGGUUACCAGACCUGGCAUUGCACGUCUUCUUGCAACCCAAACGCGUCCCGAGCCCGUUGCCCGCCAGAGCUCCAAGGCCCCAAGCCGGGGACUCCGUGACCCCAGUCCGACGAGAUCGAACAAAACUUCCAUACCACCAUCUCAGGCGCCGUCCUCACCAGUGCGACCCAGGUUCACGGCGAGACGGGCUAUCAGCCCUGCAAGGUCCAGAAGCUCUUAUGCUAGGGAAGUUAGUCCCACUAGGUCAAAUUACACCUCCACACCUAGGGAGGAGCCCGAGCGCAGUCGACUCUGGCAGGAGCUGAGACAAGUUCAGAAGAGGCCAAGGCCCCCAACCGAAAAGUCACGAACGCCCGAACCUCCAUGAUGAAGGCGUAUAUGUAUAUCGAUGUUGUCCUUUUACUUAUAACUUAUCCAGUUUUCCAUUCACCUCAUGCGA